GCUCGUAUUAAAAAUUUAUCGUAAUCAAGUUCAAGAUCCCUAACCAUAUUUAAACAAAGCACUAACCAUAAUCUCUUAUCUAUACAACAGCCCUUCGUUUCUCUCUCUCACACAUCAUGGAUUUAUUGAUAGCGAGGUUUUAACAGUUCGAUUUUUGGUAUUUUUGUGGUCGGUUUUAAUCCGGAGUGGCAUAAAGCAAAGAAAAAAAAAAUAAAAAAAAAAUUGAACCUUUAGAAUUCGGAGGCAAAAACAUUUGAAUCCUUAAUCUCCAUAUCUUUGGUGGAUUCUGAAUUAUCGGAGCAUUAGUGUUCCGAAUCUUUUUUUAUUAUUAUUAUUUUUAAAAAGGUGAUAUAAUUUGGCUGUCGAUGGGCGCUAUAGAUGCAGUGAAUAUUGGGGGCUGUGUUGAGCUAGGGUUUGAGGAAGAGCCUGAGAUUUUGGCAAUUGAAGAAGCUGUGAGAGUUUUGUUGCAGGUUUUGUGUGAUGAUUCCAAUCGUGAAGGUGUGAGGAAAACUCCUUUGCGCGUGGCGAAGGCUCUCAGAGAAGGGACUCGAGGUUAUAAGGAAAAGGUGAAGGACAUUGUCAAUGGCGCGUUAUUUCCUGAAGUCGGGUUGGAGAAUAGGGUCGGUCAUGCUGGUGGAACGGGUGGGCUUGUAAUAGUUCGAGAUCUUGAUCUCUUCUCAUAUUGUGAGUCUUGCUUGCUUCCAUUCCAGAUCAAGUGUCAUGUAGGCUAUAUUCCAUCUGGUCAUAGAGUCGUAGGCCUAAGCAAGCUGUCUCGAGUUGCUGAAGUUUUUGCCAAACGUCUUCAAGAUCCGCAGCGAUUAGCUAACGAGAUUUGCGAGGCAUUGCAACAUGGGUUCGGACCAACAGGGGUUGCUGUUGUCCUCCAAUGUUCCCACAUCAAUUUUCCCAAUUCGGAGUCAGCCCUCUCCGAUCCAAACCACAAGGGGUGGGUGAAAAUGUUGGUUAAGUCGGGCACGGGAGUCUUUGAUGAUGAUAUGACGGAUGUUUGGACUGAUUUCCUCAGUCUUUUGAGAUUCCGAGGGAUAAGUGUUGAGGAUGCUCUUCCCGGUGGCUCAGACAAGAAAUCAUGGUGCCCGUCUCAUGCUUUUUCCAAGACGGGGGCACUUGAUUCAGCAAUGCUUCGUUCAGUAGCUUCGAUUCUUUGCUCACUGGGCGAGGACCCUUUGAGGAAAGAACUUCAAGAAACUCCUGCUCGCUUUGUCAAGUGGUUGAUGAGCUUCAAAGAUUCUCAUUUCGACUUGAAACUGAAUGGAUACAUCCAAAACAAGAGGCCGGAUUUCAGCUACAACGACGAGCACCUCCUUUCUGAGCUGAAUCUCUCAUUCUGGUCACAAUGUGAGCACCAUCUGCUUCCCUUCCACGGCGUAGUACACGUAGGUUACUACAACUCGAACGAGCUCAGUCCUGUCCGGAGAUCUCUCCUGCAGUCGAUAGUACAUUUCUACGGCUUCAAGCUUCAGGUACAGGAGAGGCUAACCAGGCAGAUAGCAGAGACAGUUUCUUCAUUCUUGGGGGAAGAUGUAAUGGUAGUCGUCGAAGCUAGUCAUACUUGUAUGAUGUCGCAGCCCGAAAUCCCG